CGUGACAUUAUGAGACUUUUAAAGUAAAUUUGUUUAUUCGUUAAUGUCACAGUGACCACAGUUCCUGAGUUGAGUCACUUACAUUUCCUGUCACUUUUUAAAUCUGCCCUCCCAAUCUGUCAUUUUCAACUUUUAACCUCACUCCACGCAGAUAAAGAGCAGAGGGAGGAACUGAUGUGUCGUGCACUUAUAGAGCGCAGCAUUCAGUAAAGCACACAGACACAUUGCUCUUCUCAUCAGGUAGACAUGAACAACACAAUGGAAGAUGGAUUCGAGCCAAAGCCGGUUUAUGCUGUGAUCCAUGGCUGUUUUCUGGCACUGGGUCUGCCUCUCAAUGCGGUUUCACUGUGGAUUCUGCUGAGACACCACGGCCUCAAAUCGCCCAGUGCCGUCUUCAUGGUCAACCUGGCCAUCUCUGACCUGCUGCUCGUCAUCUCCUUACCCAUGAGGGUCUACUUUUACGCCACGGGCACCUGGCCACUGAGCACAGAGGCAUGCAUAUGGAUAACAAUGCUCUAUCACAACAACAUCCGCUCCAGCGCCAUCUUCAUCACCUUCAUCAGCGUGGACCGGCUGCUGGCUGUGGUUUAUCCUCUGAGGUCGCGCCAUCUUCGAACCGCUUCCAACGCCUUGAAAGCUGUUGGACUCGUUUGGGUGUUUAUUGUGGUGAUGAACAUCCCAGAGAGAGUUGAAUUUUCAAGAUUUUUAAAGAACCUCAAUGGAUCCACCUGUUUUGAAUAUCCCCAACAUCAACUUCAUAAUAAAAUGGUAAUGGCUUAUCUUCAGUCUGUGUUAGUGCUCACCAUGCUGGCAGUCAACAUCGUGUGCACCACUUUGGUGUCUUGGACUCUACGCAGACAUCUGACUAACUCUGCAAGAGUCAACAACAAAGUGAAUGUCAUGCUAAUUUUUGUCAUGAACUUGCUUACGUUCACCAUAUGUUUCUUGCCUUUAUCGAUUGGUUUAUUAAGAUUUGGGACAUCUACGAUAACACCUUUAGUAUGUCUUGCUACUGUGAACUGCUGUCUGGAUCCACUGUUGUAUUACUUCUCUCUGGAUGCCUUCUGGAAGAAAAAAGAGGAUACAGAUCUUCCAAGAGAACAGUAGACAAAGGACCUGCUAUUUUCUUGAGAUGGCAUCAGAUUUUCCAUGUUUUCCAUUCUAAUUUUCCUAUUUUCCAGCAAAAUAGUUUGUUUGGGUGUGUCAUGCUCAUUUUGGCUUGUUUGUGAAAGUUGUAGAUCUCGUGAGAGAUGGGAAAGGCUAGGCUUGUAAAUAUACAGGUGUCAUGCUUAAUUCAUGCUUAAAGGCUGUAACAUGUCCAUAAAGAGUACAAACAGUUUCAGGAGAAAUGAUGACUCUUUAAGAAAUAUUGACAUUUUGCAAAAUACUUUUAUUUCCUUUCUUGCAGAGAGUUAGAUGAGAAGAUUGAUACCACUCACUCAGUAGUGCCCUGAUAUAAAACUAGAGCCUAGAGGCUUUUAAAGACAAGUUGUCAGAGGUGGAAAUUUCACACAGACACUGUUUUAAAAGAAAGUUAUUUAAAAGAAUGGUGUGUUGGCACAGUUCAAGCCAUCACAUUGAUUAAGAGAUUUUGUACAGAAACAAUAAAGGUGGUGCAGUAAAGCAAAAUGUGUAAAGUGAGG